AUGGCGGGCCAACAGCGACAACAGCCGGGAAUCGCAGUAGGCCUCAUCGCCCAUGCGGAGAGUUGGAUAUGCGAAGAGUGUCGACGACGAAGAAUCCGCUGCGAUAGGAUAAGACCUCAAUGCACAGCGUGUGCUACAUCCGGGGUGGAAUGCAUAGUGCGAGACAGCUGUCCGCCUCGAGGGCCCAGAAAAGGAUAUCUCAAGACGCUACAGAAAAAAAUAGAGGAGCUCGAGGGCCAGUUAGAAAGACAGGGGACAUCUCCAGCACCAACCUACCAGACCGCGGACAACGACAGCGGCACAGACAACAACGAAAACCAUGCCACAACACCCGAAGCGACAGAUAUACUGCAAUGGCCGGCAGGACCGGUAGAAUUUCCAUUCCCCACGGUAGAGCCCUGGGGAUGUUUCGAUAAUCCGUAUACGAGCUCGUACUUUGAGUUGCCGCCAAUGGACGGUGUGCCAGAGUUGGUCCAAAUUCCAAUGGAACCCGGUCUCGUGAUCUCUCCCAUGAUGCAUAAUGAUUUAUAUUAUCCUCGUUGGACGACAGUGCUAAUAUGGCGAAGAGACCAGCUGUAUUUCGACCGGGCGUAUGCGUUUGCGCCAAUCAUCCAUACUCACCGCUACCGAUCAUGGUCGAAACAACCAAACAAGUGCAAAAAGAGGACAUGCCUACAGUACGCAAUGUGGACGUUGGCCUCAUCACUCUCCAGUCAGUUUCAGGUUCAAUGUCACAAGUUUUACGCGGAAACGAGGCAGCUUCUGCACGAACUCGAAGCAGAGGAGCCCUGCCACCAAAUCUCCCUAGAACAAACCCAGGCGUGGGCCUUGUUUGCAAUCUACGAGUUAACUUGCCAGGACUUCCACCGAGGCAUGAUGUCCGCCGGCAGAGCUUUUCGCUUGAUUCAAAUGAUGAGACUAUACGAGCUCGACAUGCCUCGAACCCCUCACACCAUGCAGCUAGACCAGUAUCAAAGGCCACUCACUCCGAGCCAGGAUGACUGGAUCGAUAUUGAAACAAAACGAAGGACCUUUUGGUUUGCAUAUUUAAUUGACCGCUUCACAAGUAUGGUGGAUGGGCUACACAUGUUCUUUGACGAACGGCUGAUACGAGUACGGCUGCCGACUCCUGAAGCAAACUUUGCAAGCAAUCGCCCAAAAGAGAUGGGUUUCCUCGCGGACGUGGUCCCGGAUGUCAGCGUCGAGUGGCCACAUAACAGCUUAUCGCCGUUUGCAGAGUGUAUCAUCGGUGCCACAAUGUGCGGGCGAGUCCUCCAGCAUAAGCAGAACGCCCCGAUCAGACCGUCCGAAGAGUUUUGCAGCCGACAUCGAACUCUGAAUGUACUACUGGCGCAACGGAUUAGGAUGCUGCGAAUCUACGCAUCACUGGAGUACCCGGAUCCCAUUAUCGCCUUUGUUGCCCUGGCGGCACAGAUUGAUGUGCUUAUGCUCUACGACCUCAUUGAAUCCAAGCCAUUAGGGACCGGCGUGGAAGGAACGCAGCUUGCUCGAGCCCUCCAUGCAGAGCACCAACAACAAGCCCUGGAUGCCGUGACCGAUAUCUCUCUACUAGUGGCUGUACUUGGCCAACACUUCCAGCAGAUGCACCCUUUAACCCCAAUCCUGCUCCUCCUGGGCGCCCGAUUUUCACAAUCCCCCCCCGAGCUGAAUGACGCCUAUAUCAAGCUUAUGCCCAACAUCUUGGCAAUGCUGGAAGCCUCUACGGGCCUCAAUAAGCUUGCACAGAACUACCUUCAGCUCUUAAAACCCCCGGGCGAUGUUGCAAUCUACUCAGUGCGAUAA